CAGACUCUAACACGACGACGUGCGACCCGAAUUUUUGUGUUGACAUUCCCAAAACAUUUUUAGUGGGUGAGACUUUAAAAUCAACUCAUUCUCAGUAAACAAAUCCAGAAUGAAUCCUAAGCCAAGGAAGAAAUGGGAAUGUCCCACUUGCUCAAAAACCUUCACAACUAAGCGUAACCUCACACAACACGGCAUCACGCACGAUCCCUCGGCGCAAAUAAAAUGCAAAAUCUGCGGCAAGGUUUCAAAAUCCCCAGUAAGAUUAGCUGCCCACAUGAAAGGAGUCCACAGCAACCGAGAACGUUCAAAUUGCGACAUUUGUCACCGGACAUAUAGAAAUUCCUCCAGUUUACAGAGGCACGUGGACGUCGUACACGGAACGAGAGAACGAUCCCGGUUCCCAUGCACAUUUUCCGGCUGUGAGAAAACCUACCUGAACCAGGGCCAUCUUUUGGAGCAUGUGAGAGCUGAACAUGUCGAAAACCCGCUCCGAUUCAGUGCACGCUUUGCCAUAAGGAUUUUAAAUACAGAGGAAACUUGGAUGUCCACAUUCGAACUCACACGACCGAGAAGCCCUACAAUUGCGGGACUUGUGGAAGGCGUUUCGCACGAACGAAUGAUCUGCAACAACACGAGAGGACUCAUUUGGAGAAGUCUACACAGAGGACUUUUAAGUGCAACCUUUGUGCGCUUACGUUCCUUAGUAGAUCUGGUUUACGAUGGCAUGUUCGGGUUAUUCAUGAAAAUCGGAGGAGUUAUCACUGCACAUUUUGUGGAAAAAUGCUCUCGACAUGCAAUAAUUUGAUGCGCCACGUGGAGGCGGUACACCCCGCGAACAAGGAGAAGAUUCAUCCCUGCGACAAAUGCGAGUACCGGAGUCACUCGAAGGGCAAUUUAGCCGUACACAAAAGUCGGCACGAUCCUAAGAAGCAUGAAUGCUACUUUUGUGGGAAGAAUUUUGUCUCUUUUCAAAAUUUGGUACGGCACUGCGGUCCAGUUCAUACUUUGGAGCACGAGUAAUUUUCAUAACUAGUAUUUCGUUGAACUUACUGUAAAUUUACAAUUUAAUCAUUAAUUUAAAAAAUUAUAAAAUUUUUUAUUUGAAGGAGAAAUAAUUUGUUUGUAUAACUACUAGUUAGCAGU